AUCCGCCGGCAGCUACCGAUCAACAGUUCCAGUGACAGCGGUGACAAAGAUGUGGGGUGGCAAAGGCAUGUGGGGUGGCAAGGGCUGCGGAGGAUGCGGCAAGGGCUAUGACAGCGGCAGCGGCUAUGACAGCAGUUCUUGGGGCGGCAAAGGCACCACAGGAUUCGGCGGUGGCAAAGGCUACGACGAAGGGAGCUGGGGCGGCAAAGGUGGGGGCAAAGGCUAUGGCAAAGACAUGUGGAGCAUGAUGGGCCCCAUGAUGAUGCAGAUGAUGAUGGGAGGCCCCUACGGCAAAGGUGCCGGAAAGGCUGGUCUCAUCACCUUUGCCAAUGACAAGAAGGUGUACAUCGGCGGCUUGCCAUUGACCACUGCUCCAGAUGUAGAGCUGAACAAGCGCCUCAAGGAGCACAUGAACAAAGCCGGCGCCUGUCUCUACGCGGAGGUGGGUCGAGGACAGAAAGGUGGCGCUGCCUUCAGGACGCGAGAAGAAGUUCAAAACGCCUGCGCAUUGCUGAAUGGCAGUGAGUUCGAGGGAUGUACGCUGGUGGUUGAGGCCUGGGGCAAACCUCCCCAGGCUUGAGGCGUUUGAGUUGCGUGGAUAGGCGUUGAGGCGUGGGGAGAGGUGUUUUUCAGCAUUGGAUCUUAAGGAAAAAAUGGCUAUGUCCUG